AUGGACCAGCAGACAUACGAGCACUUCACCCGCCUGCUCCGCUCUCCAGGAUUGCUUGACGGGCCCGGCAAACUCAAGUCCCUUGCAUUCAACAUUGCCCUCAAGGAAGCCCAGCACAAGAUCAAAGCCUUCCGGGCCUGGCAUGCCGCCCUGCCCUCCACCCUCACCUGCCUUGCCGAAUCUCAAAAUGGCCCUGCUUUGGGAACAGAAGACUGCCAAAGCUGGGCGUUGAUCAACUCUUCCAAAGUCUGUGACUUCUCAAAGCUGUCCAAAAAACUGCAGUCCAACGGUCUUGCUGAAAACCGGCUUUGUCCUUUCCACCAAGUGCUGCACAAAGCUUCCACAAAGUCACACGCCGCGGCCACUUAUAUCUUUCAAUGGAAAAUACCCUCUAUGCCAGCGGCCUCCUCCUCCAAGUCUCCCUUGGCCAGUCUUGUGAGCGGAUGGGGCACCAGCCUAGAUAUCAAAAAGUUAGAAUACUUGACGCUUGAUGACCGUCCGAUGGAGUCUGCCUCCAGUGAUGAUCCCUCCUCACAAAUAAUACUUGAUGGCCAAAAACAACAGGAGACACAGCUUGAUUUUUCUGAGCAGGGAAAGCUCAAGCCGUUGAAGACAGCCGAGAUUUUCAAUAUCAGCUGCGGCGCCAAGGCUACUCAACACAUCCUUUCCUCGCCUUCACCUCUAUUGGCUUUACGGUGCCUCACCAAGGACUUUGCGUUCAGACUGAGUGCACACAAUUUUGCAAAUGAAUAG